GCACAGACCGUACACUGUAUGGUUCAGAUAUGGCGGCUUUCAGUAAAAUACCGCACAGCUGCUACGAAAUCGGUCAUACGUGGGACCCUUCGUGUGUGCAGUCUGCUGUGGAUGUAGCCAGGGGGGCUCUGGAGGUCUCCUUUAAAAUAUACGCCCCUCUGUACCUGAUAGCAGCAGUUCUAAGGAGAAGGAAGAAGGAUUACUAUCUAAAAAGACUUCUCCCAGAGAUCCUGUGGUCUACCUCUUUCCUCACUGCCAAUGGAGGUCUCUACAUUGUUUUCUUUUGCAUUCUCAGGAAACUGCUUGGAGGGUUCUACUCCUGGUCUGCCGGGUUCGGCUCGGCACUGCCUGCGUCCUAUAUGGCCAUCCUGCUGGAGCGCAAGAGCAGGAGAGGGCUGCUGACAAUAUACAUGACAAAUCUUGCCACUGAGACUUUGUUCCGCAUGGCAGUGACACGAGGCAUCAUCAAACCCAUCAAACACGGUGAGGUGCUCUUGUUCUGCACAACUGCAUCACUCUUCAUGUUCUUCUUCAGGAGUAAAGAUGGUCUCAAAGGCUUUGCAUUCUCCGCAUUAAAGUUCAUCAUCGGGAAAGAAGAGAUUCCUACACACUCUGUUUUGGCAGAGCAGGUCUACAUAAGGCCUCCUGAGAGGACAGCUGCUAUAGAGACGGAGGACUCACAGGCGUCAGCAGAAAGGCCGAGCUCCAGGGGCAAAACUCUGAUAGCCUACACCAGGGAACUGAUAGAAUCCUUAUGCAAAAAGGGGCCAAGGCACAGAUGUUGUAAACAUUACGAAGACAACUGCAUUUCCUACUGUGUGAAAGGUUUUGUCAGGAUGUUCAGUGUUGGCUACCUGAUACAGUGUUGUCUUAAAGUGCCUUCAGCGUUUAGGCACAUGUUUACUAAACCAUCACGACUCGCCUCCCUCUUCUACAACAAGGAGAACUUCCAGCUUGGGGCCUUUCUAGGAUCUUUCGUCAGUAUCUACAAGGGAACAAGCUGCUUGCUGCGCUGGCUGCGUAACAUUGAUGAUGAACUCCAUGCACUGAUAGCUGGCUUCUUGGCUGGCAUGUCGAUGUUCUUCUACAAAAGCACAACGAUAUCCAUGUAUCUCUUCUCUAAGCUGGUGGAGACCAUGUACUUCAAAGGCAUUGAGGCCGGACGGUUCCCUUACUUUCCUCAUGCAGACACGGUCAUAUAUGCCAUCUCCACUGCUAUCUGCUUCCAAGCUGCUGUGAUGGAAGUGCAGAACCUCAGGCCUUCAUACUGGAAGUUCCUGCUGCGUCUAACAAAGGGCAGGUUUGCUCUGAUGAACCGACAGUUGCUAGAUGUGUUUGGGACUCAGGCCUCCAGGGACUUUAAAGGCUUUGUGCCCAAACUGGACCCUCGUUUCAUGACAGUGCUUCCACCCGGAGCAGACAUCCAACUGGGUUGACUUGGGAUCAGGCUCUGAGAGGGGCUUUCAGGGUUACCUCAUCAUGAAAUGGACAGUUCGGCUGCUCUUUCUGAGUAAUUCAAGGAUUUUUUUUUUAAAGGUGUUAUAACACCUCACAAGUGGUGGUGAUGUGUUAUAAGAGUGGAUAAGCUUUGGGGGAUGUAAAAGCCUGAGAUCUGUCCAAAGCAGGGCGCCAUGAGAGUCAAGUGUCGUGCUGCACAAGCAUAUUCACUUGCUGGGAUUGCAUUAAUACAGGUAACUGGUAAAAUUAAUGAAAUGUACUAAUACAACUAUUUUGAAGUCCUAAUGAAAUCCUUAACAAUACUAGAUUAAUACUACUAAUAAGAACACCAUCUAAAUGAUUUAUUUAUAUUUUGUCAAGUUGUGGAUUUGCAUUUUACAAGGUGACACUUACUUGUUCAACAAGAUAUGGAUGGUGGUAGUACAGUAGAUAACCUUUGAAUAAACUCUAAAAUUAAAUUAUUGGGGGAAAAAAAGAUUUCACUUUGGCUGCGACAACAUUGUUUUUAUCCUUCAGUCGUGACGUUUCUUCAUUUUGCAAGUUACCUGUAGAUUUGUUCUGGCUGAACUUGGUUUGGUUAUUUCACAACAGAGGGUAAAAACUCGCUAAUCUUAUUGAAACAGGCACAGUGAUACCUGAUUUUCUAAAUGAAGAGGAGAAAGAACUUGUGAACAUGACUCCCUGGUCAUUUCUGAAUGUGUACUCUACCAGUGGGAUCUGAUGACAUAUUUGAUAAUGUAGCCUUAUUAAUGAGAGAUGUAUUCAGAUUGUUGUCUGUGAUGUAAAAGAAAGAUGUUGAAAGCCACCAUUUUAACCAGUUAAUUAAAUUUGAUUUUUUUUCAUGUCAU